UUUUUGUCAUUCCCCUAACGAUUGCUGCUCAUGAGUGCGACCAUCGACUCCGACCUCUUCGCCGACUAUCCGGCCGCGCCGCCGCGCACGUCUGCCCCCCUUAGCGCUUGCGGCAGCCGCGCAGCCGGGCCGCAGCAACGCGAGCGGGCGUGGCGCGCUCUAUGGCUCCUGCGAUGCGUAACACUUGGCAUCGAGGAGGAGGAGGAGGAGGAGGAGGAGGAGGAGGAGGAGGAGGAGGAGGAGGAGGGGGAGACUCCGACGUGUGCAUGUUUUCUCGGCAAGGGCCGUCGAGGAGCAUCUGUGCUCACCUGGCGAACACCAUGCGCGCACGAAACCGGCAAGAGUGCGCGGGGCAUGGGCGUCCGAGCGGUGGCGAGAUCAUGGAUCUGGGCCUCCCCGCUCCGAUGCCAUCUACAGUCAAGCCGCGGAAAUAAGGAACGCUUUGGGCUCAGGAGGGGCUCGGGUUUUUUGGGCCGUUCCUUAGGUCUAG